AUGUUGUCGCUGGCGGUGGUGGAGUUCGCGUGCCUCGUUGCCUGGCCCGCUUUAACCCAUGCUGACGAGUACCACGUUGUCGCUGCAGGUCCGUGUGUGGCCGAGGGCGACGCCUACUGCAUCCGACGCGUCACCAACAGCGUCUGUUCGGCCACCAAAAACGAGUGCUUCUGCCAGCCGUCCUUUGUGGCCAUCCAAGAGGAAUACGGAAUUACUUGCAAGCCGCUGCUGACCUCUCUCAGCUGCCACGUGGACAGGGACUGCGUGCACGUGAGGAACAGCAUCUGCCACCCCGGCGCCGGAUUCUGUGCCUGUCCCGGGGGAACCAUCUACGUGCCCCAAGCACACGCCUGUCGCAACCUCGCGGACAAAGAAAACAGUACCUUUUGUGAGACCUGUCGACAGGUCAAUGGAGUGUGCUACUACGAGGAACAGCCUGGAGGCAGCAACAACCGCAAUUCAUCGUCACCAGGGCUUGGAUGUACUUGUCCAUUCGACACGGCGAUGCCUUCCCCAUCACCCGAUGCAGCUUCGAAGGAGCCGGUUCCGCAUUGGGCAUUUUGCAAGGCCAUUUUAGUUGACAUCGGUGGUCUGUGCAACCAGAUUGAUCUACUUUGUCGUCCGAGGAACUCCGAGUGCACUUCGGUCGGUGGCAGCUUGCGGAGCUGUCGAUGCCAAAAGGGCUACUUCCCCGUCUACCAGCAGAGCCUGCAUUACCACGAAUGUUUUCGAAGCGUGCCUUGUGUGACCAAAGGGAGCGGUGAUCUGUGUGUCGACAUCAACGGUGACGGAACGGCCGACGAACAUGUGUGCGAGACGAAGGGUUCCACUGCCAGUUCCUCGCCUCCGUUUCACGCCUCCACCCACAAUACCCCCCAGGGCAGCAAGAAUCUCGUCCACUACUCUCAUGACUGGCCUGCACUAAAUGUCAUUUUGGAAAAGGAAGCGGAGGCCACCGGGUUUGCAGAAACACCCCCAAGCAAUCAAUGCCCACGACCAAUGGGCAAGUGA